AUGACCCUGCAGCCAUUAACUCCAGUGAACUGUGCAGGCCUUCUGCAGCCUGGCUGCUCUCUGCUGCAGCUGGAUGGUGAAGUUCUGCUGUUUGGCCAGAAGGGUUGGCCUAAGCGCUCAUGUCCAACAGGAGUAUUUGGUGUACGGUUGAAAUGUGGCGAGAUGAAGCUGAGGGCCAUCUCAUUCUCCAAUGACUCGUGCUACCUGCCCCCAUUACGCUGCCCAGCUGUUUGCCGCCUUGACCCCUAUGAUGGGCUUCCAGAGAGUUACCUCAUCCACGGUGGUCGCACCCCAAAUAAUGAGAUCUCAUCAAGCUUGUACCUGUUGACCAUGGAUAGUCGUGGCUGCAAUCGUAAAUUAACGCUCUGCUGCAAAGAGAAAGAGCUAGUGGCAGAAGUGCCAGGACCUCGAUAUGGCCACACAAUGAGCAUGGUCCAAAGUCGUGGGAAGACAGCUUGUGUGUUGUUUGGGGGUAGGUCCUACAUGCCCUCAGGAGAAAGGACCACCGAGAGCUGGAACAGUGUUGUAGACUGUCCACCUCAGGUGUUCCUCUUUGACCUGGAGUUUGGCUGCUGCUCUGCUCACACUUUACCUGAGCUUAGUGAUGGACAGUCUUUUCAUCUGGCCCUUGCUAGAGAAGACUGUGUCUACUUCAUUGGAGGCCACUCACUAGCCUCAGACUCACGUCCACCUCGUCUGUUUCGCCUGCAUGUUGAGCUUUUGCAGGGCAGCCCGUUGCUUUCCUGUGAAACCCUAGACAAUGGUUUAUCUAUCUCUAGUGCCAUCUUUACUCGUACGGGACCCACUCAUAGAUACAUCAUCUUAGGUGGAUAUCAGUCAGACUCACAAAAGAGGAUGGAGUGCACUACUGUGAUUCUAGACGAGAAAGGAAUCCACUUUGAGCCCGUAGAAGCACCCAAGUGGACCCCAGAUAUCAUCCAUAGUCGCACUUGGUUUGGUGGCAGCUCUGGAGAGGGAAGCAUCCUACUAGCUGUGCCCACAGAGGGAAGGCCAUCCCAACAAGAUAUGCAUUACUUCUACCAGGUGAACUUCCAGACAGAGGGAGAGACCAGAGAGGAAGACGGAACCCUUGCCUGCAGCCAGGAGUCAACGGAUUAUGAUGACUCCACUCCUCUUGAAGAUUCGGAGGAGCUCUACUUCGGCCGUGAACCACAUGAGUUGGAUGGCAGCAGCGACGGAGAAGGGGACGCUUACAAUGAAGAGGAUGAAGAGGAUGAAUCACAAACAGGUUACUGGAUAAAAUGCUGCCUUGGCUGUCAGUUGGAUCCCAACACAUGGGAGCCAUACUACUCCACAGAACUCCACCGACCAGCCAUGAUCUUUUGCUCAAGAGGGGAAGGGGGCCACUGGGUGCACGCCCAGUGCAUGGAGCUGUCUGAGACCCUGCUGCUGAAACUCUCUCAAGGCAGCAAGAAGUACUUCUGCUUGGACCACGGAGGCCUGCCCUACCAGGAGAUGACCCCACCUCGACAUAUCAUACCCCUGAAGCGCAUCACCAUGAAAGCUAAAAACAAAAAUAGACCUCUGACAAUCAAGAUGUCCCCUGCCAAAAAAAGCUUUUUCAGACGGCUGUUUGACUGA